GCGGUUAGCCUGCUCCUUUCCCGGAAAAUCCCAAAAAAGCCGUUAACGGUCGAACCAAGAGCUGUCAACACGCGGCCUUGUGAUUGGCUCUAAAAUGACAGAGUCAGCAAACGGACCAAUCGGAGCUUGUUGCGAUGGGAGUCCUGCGCGAGCCCACUGCAAUUAUGCAAAUUGACAUUUGCCUCCUCCUCGCGGUCCGAUGAGGGGACUUGAGGUUUGAGACUUCAGGGAAAUUUAACAGAAUCUGAAAGCAAAAGCAGCCCACGGAGGGACGCGGACACACGCGGGACGUCUACAGUUGAAAUGGUUCGCUCUGCUUUCGCGAGUCCUGCCUGAGGUCCAGCGCUGGUUGGGAUGUCAUGUCAGGAAGUUGCCAGAAGCCGGUGGUAGCGUGUUAGUGCGAACAUUUUCGCCGGCCUGGGCUGUUCCCUUUGUCUGACAGGAGAGGCAACGGCGUGCUCUUUUGUUUGGGGUCUUUCUUUGUUUAACUGCAAAAAGAGGACCGUGUCUGUUUUUUCGUGGAGGCCGUCCCGAGGUUGACUUGAUUUUGAAACAUGCAAUACAUGAAGAAAUAUUUCACAGAAGGUUUGAUUCAGUUCACGAUCCUACUUAGUUUGAUAGGCGUUCGCGUGGAUGUCGAUUCCUACUUGAACGGAUACUCGCCGCUGAUAAUAGAGACUGACGGAGGGCCGAGCUCAGCUUUCAUACAGACUCCGCUUCACCAUUACCGGGACACGGCGGACGGUUAUCAAGUGCACCCCAAAUGCCCGGAGUUCGACUACCACUUGGUGAGCCGAAGGCUGCUGAAUGAAGUACGCGCUCUCGGCUCUCCUGCCCGCUUCCCCACUCGCCUCAGCGCGUGGCUGGUGCAUCUGGUACCCGGUGGCCAGGAGCGGGACGAACCACAAGAGAACAGCGGGAACCAGGACGCAGGAGAGCUCGACGGCCAGAACUCUUCUGGAGACGAAGCUGACGAUAAUAACGCCGGGGCAUGCCAAGCAGAGGAGGAGGCUGUGAAAGAUGAGGAUGAAGAGCUCAGUCUUGAUCCACUGAGCCAGCUCACUCAUAGCUCGACGCUGGAGCAAGAGGGAUUGUUUAGUAGCAGUAUUCUGCCUCCUCCUCUAUCUGGGCUUGAGAUCCAUCCUCAAUGGCAGGACCUCCUGUCAGAUUUUGAUGCUUUUGACUCGUUGAUCCCACAGCACAUCUCCAAUCUGGAUGUGGAUAUCCCGAAUCCCAUUAGCUAUAAUGCCAGCCUCCAAGAUGCAAUGGUAACCAGUGGUGGAGAUUACAGACCAGACCCACAAGGAGGUGGAUUGCAGGCCACAUCUCACCAAAGAGCAUCAUUCUUCCGUCUAGAAUCAACUAACUUGUCUCACUCAGACACUCCACCUGGAGCAGCAGGUGCUCUGCCGCUCCCUCUGUUCUCCUUAUCAGGGAACAGCUCUCACAAUGAAACCUCCCAUUCAAGGGUGGGGGGUUAUCUGGACGAGGCUGUGUUUGAACAGAUAAAUCUCCUGGGUCUGGAAGGACUGGGAAGCAUGGACUCUCAGCUGCUAAACAGGAUGGAGGGCAGUAUCAAUUCUCCAUGGCUGGAGGACUUUGACUCAGACUCUGGUCUAUCACUGGAGAGCAGUUACAGAAGCCCAGCCUCUACAUCUGCCUCAUCGUCUUCAGAUUCAUUUUGCGAAGAUGAGGGUGGAGCCACGGGUUACAGUAGUGAAGUGGAGUCGCUCUCUACUAAGGGAGGGGCCUGUGCGUCAGCAUGCUAUGACUGGACGCCACUGGACCUCAGUGAGAAUAUCUGGCAUGACCACACCUACUCACUCCAGAUGCCUGAAGACCACACCCCUCACAGCUGGGCCCCACCUGUCAAAGGUAUUAAACAAGAAAUGCUAAGCGAAGAUGAAUGUGAACCAGAGGAACUGAGUCGGGAUGGGCGGCGCCUUCAGGCUUUAGGUCUUCCCUUUUCCGCUCCUCAGAUUGUGAACAUGCCUGUGGAGGACUUCCUGGAGCUGUUGGAAGGACGAGGCCUGUCCAUGUCUGAAAUCACACUACUGCGGGACGUGCGCAGACGGGGGAAGAACAAGUUAGCUGCUCAGAACUGCCGGAAAAGAAAGUUGGACGCCAUCUUGGGUCUUCAGGAAGAGGUGGAUGCUCUGGCAGCUCAGCGAAACGCCCUCCUACGUGAGCGGUCUCGGACUGCCAAGGCGCUUUCUGCUGCAGCAGAGAGUUUUGAAGCCUUUUCGCAGGACGUCUUGAGACAGCUGCGGGAUGAGUAUGGACAGCCCCUGAACCCAGAGCAGUACACAAUUCACUGUGGCGCAAACGGACGGAUAGCUGUCCGACCUCGUACGCACGCAAGAACCACCACCACAGGGGGCAAGACUGUGAAGAGGAAGAAGGAUAAAAAACCCUAAGAGAUUUGUGUGUGUGUUUGUGUGUUUGUGUGUGUGUGUGUAUACAGAAUGUAUAUGUGUGCUUCCUGAAGGGAUAUUUGGACUUGGACUUCUACUGAAUUUCCUUUCCUGCAGUUAGCUGUCAUGGGAUAUUUGUGGAUCAUUCCUGUUAUUCAUGGCUUCACAGGAGAAUAGAAAGACUGUUGGCAAUUUUAAAUUACAGCACCCUAGACUACAGUUCUCUGCUUAAAAGAAUGUAGCAAAAACACUGGACGUGUAUAGGAGUGUCUCAGAGUAUUUUUAAAAAAACGACUUGAAGACAUUUAUCCUUUUAUUUUUUACAGUAGCUGCAAAAAGAAAAUCGUUACUAAGUACAUUUCUUUGCAACUAAUGUAAAGAUGGGCGUAAGAGGCAGGUAGUCACUGGAUAACUUUGCCAAAAAAAAAAAAAACUCGUGCAUUGUUGUUGCUACUCUGGAAAGGUAUGAAUAUACAGUAGCCACAGUCAAGCAUGACUUUAAUUUGUGUAAUUUAAACUUGACCACAUGCUGCCCCUGACUUCCAUCUGAAAGGGUGCAUCAUGCCAUAAUUAAAACCAUUACAAGUUACUUGUAAGCAAAACAGUGUGUAGUUUUACUGCUGUAGUCAUCAUAAACACAGAUGACGCAGUUAUCUCCUACGUGCAUGAUGGUUCCUGCCUCAGCUGUGAGACUGAAGGCUAAGCACCCUCUGGUGGGAAGCUGCCUGUUGAUGGGGCUUACACAAUAAUGUGUACUUACUGCAGUGAUUAGGCUCCUCUCCUUGUUAAGCAAUUCUUUUGUUUCCAAGUGUUUACAACCACAUGACUGUUACUCUCUGGCCUUCCUCCUUUGAUUAUUCCACUUGUAGCUGUAUUAUUUCAUAUUUACCGUAACGGGAACAGUUUUGCGUCUUCAGUUCAAAAACUUUGUUUUUUGAAAAUGUGUUUUCUUUUUUUUUUUGUAAUGUCUGUCUUUACAGUUUUUAUGCCAAUUACACAUUCUGUGUUUUGAAUGAAAAUCACAUCAGCGCAAACCUUCAGAAAUAUGCCUUGUCCCUGAAGAGCACAAGACGUUCUAGACAUUUGCCUAAAUCUUUUGGAGCUUUCUGAGUGGUGAUUCUUGGUGAUUCGUUCUACCUCAUAACAUGACCACUAGGUCACCAAAGUUAAAAAAAGAUUCAUGGAAGAGAGAGACAGAAUUACCCCAGCCCCCACUUCAUUGCUUAUCUGCCCAGUGUAUUUUAGGGGAGAGGGGGCACCGAUUUCUCUACAUACAAAUGAUUCUUCUGGAAAAGCAGUGCAAGUCAAAAUCAUGUUCUGUAGUACUUAAGGAUUUCCAUAAGACAAAUAAAGGAAAAAAAAUCAAGUAACUGCUUUUCAGUUCUGGUUUGUACUUGGGACCCUCUUAACAUUUCAGCUUAUUUUAUUGGAGAGGAAAAAAAAAAAAUCAAUACCUUUACCUUGUAGUAAGCCCCUCCACCUCUGUCCAUUUCAUAGACUGAGGUUAUACUAUAUGUUCAAUGUUAGUUUGUUGAAAUAGAGUUCUCCUUGCUUUAAGGGAGUACUUUGGUUUUAAAAAAAAAAAAAAUCACUUCCCCUUCAAACCCCAAAUGUUGUCCAUCAGCAGACGUGGUUGGUGUCUGUAGUUUAUUUCUUCAGUUUGCACUGGAGCGGUGAGGCUAAUGUGGCUAAUAAGGGUGUAAUGAUUUACAAAAUCCUGAUUUUGUUUUCAUACAAUAGUCAAAAAAAAAAGUACAUUUGAAACUAAGCUGUGCUUUGUAGUGUCCCAGUCUAGUGCUCUAGCCACAUUAAAGGAGAAUUCCACA